ACUUGCUUCGGCAAUGUAAACCAGUGGUUCUCAAACUUUUUCACGUCAAGAACCCCUAAACUGACAUAAAUUAUACCACAGAUCCCCAUUUGAUAAGAUGUCCCAGGGGUCCCCCAUCUGAUAAGAUUUCUGAGUACUUCUUCCAUCAGCAGCUGCUAAAAGUUGUGCUGAAUGCAGACUCUUACAUAACGACUGCCUGCUAACUCAUGUAUCCAGGGGCAGAGGGACCACUCAAAACAACCUUGCAGGCACUGCGCAUAUCUCUGCCCCGCAGCCUGACAGCCACAGCAGCUUCUCAGCACUGACACCAUCGCGUCUUCAUCAAGAGGCAAGGACAGGUCAGGGAGGAGAGUACAUCCUGGUGCUCUAAUGAUGCUCCCACAGUUACAUUUCUAAAUUGCACCGUCAUGACUGAAGAGGGACCGGAGCCAGAGGCGCCUCUCGGGUGGUUUGGAUGAUGCUGUAAUGGAUGAAUCAGCUGACUAGACAGUUGAAGCCGGUUUAGAAACAUACUAAAUCACUUCCUGAUUAACCCUACCGAUCACAAGAAGAACUGCGUGGCUGUGCGGGAGCAGGAGGAGGAGGCUGGGGAGAAAAACUGACACGUGGAUUACUCCUCCUCGGGCACCAGGAAAAACAAGACUCCCUCCUCCAGCUCAGUUCCGUCACCAUCGCUUGUUAGUCCAGGAUAUGGAUUUAAAUCUCGAGAUAUAACACUUUAUGAAAAGGUUUGUUUGUUUGUUUGUUUGUUUUGCCAGCCCCCCUUCAACGUUUACUUUUCUGUCUGAUCGACCAGGAAAGAGAUCGAAAGUAACAUAGCAGAAGCGGUUGAAAGGAGGCUGCUGUUACCUCGCGUUGAAUGGCAGUUAUUCAAAAAUAUGGCAAGAACUAUAGUCCAGAUUUGGCCUGUCACAAGGAAAACCAUCCGUCUGACAAGAUCGGAGUACCUGGAUGUCAUAAGAAGUGGCCUGAACACAACACCAACUGGUCGAGACCAGUGGCGAGGGUAUGGACGGUGGUGCUACUGCUUGGGACAUGCCUCCUAUACUGUGCCCGAGUGGCAAUGCCCAUUUGUGCCGUCAGUAUGUCAGAGCAGUUCAGCUGGAGCAAGAGGGAGUCCGGCAUGGUUCUGGGCAGCUUCUUCUGGGGCUACUGCUUCACCCAGGUGUUUGGAGGCUACGUCAGUGACCGGGUGGGUGGGGAGAAGGUCCUCCUGCUGUCUGCAGCAGCCUGGGGGUCGAUGACAGCCUUCACCCCCAUCUUGGCUCAUUUCUGCUCCCAGCCAAUCCUCUCCAUGACUCUGGCCCGCUUCCUCAUGGGUCUGUUGCAAGGAGUUCAUUACCCUUCCUUGGCGAGUCUGUGCUCUCAAAAGGUGGUGGAGAGUGAGAGAGGCUUUCUCAUGAGCACCGUGGGUAGUGGCUCCUACCUGGGCACCCUGGUGAUUGGAGGGGCUGGCUCCCUCAUGCUGGACCUGUACGGUUGGGAGAGUGUUUUCUAUGUGUCUGGUCUGCUCUCAGUCCUGUGGGCCUACUGCAUGUGGAAAUAUCUACUCAAAGGAGAAGGGCCUAUCAUCACCCUAGAGUCCCUAGGAAGUGGUGGGCCCCAGUCCAAACUGACCAAAAGACAUUGGUUACGGCUCUUCAAACAACCUGCAGUCUGUGCUGUGAUCGUUACACACCUUUGCACAGCAAGCACCUUCUUCACUCUGUUGUCGUGGCUGCCAACAUUCUUUAAAGACACUUUCCCUGACGCCAAGGGUUGGGUGUUCAAUGUCAUUCCCUGGUUGGUGGCCAUUCCCUCAUCCCUCUUCAGUGGCUGCCUAUCUGACCACCUCAUCAGUCAAGGCUUUGAUACAGCCUCAGUGAGGAAGUUGAUGCAGUUUUUUUCAAUGGGUGUUUCCAGUGUGUUUACCCUUCUUCUAUGUGGCAACACCACCUUUCCCUGGGCUGUAGCAUUUGUGUCUGCCACCAUGGGCCUCACCACCUUCAGUCACAGUGGUGUAUCUGUGAAUGUUCAAGAUCUUGCUCCAUCCUGUGCUGGAGCUUUAUUUGGUGUUAUGAAUACAUGUGGUGCUUUCUCAGGGGUCCUAAUGGUGUAUUUCUCGGGGUAUCUCAUCGAGACCACAGGCUCAUGGGCGUCUGUGUUUGCCCUCAUCACCACAGUCAAUCUGCUGGGUCUCUGCACCUUCCUGGCCUUUGCUGAGGCCCGACGGGUCGACAUUGACUCUAGUAAGAUCCGCCAUCACAACAUCCACAUCUAAAUCAUUAGUCAACAGAGGGACCAGAGUGCUAUUACCCAAUGGACGUGCGACCUUGGGCGACCAGCAGCUGCGACAUUAUCAACAUUGGAGAACUAGCUGAUGGAUAUCAAGUGAUCAAAUGAUAAAACCUGCAUACAUACAAGAUCUGAGAAACUUUGAUUGGCGCCGUGUCUGGUUGAGGAAAUACUGCAACAGUAACUGUAAAGCACACAGCAGAGUCUGCACAAUGUUACUGAAAAAUCUUGUGGAACUAAAGCCUUGAAUCCUAAAAGAACACAGCUGUGUUAGAGGAUGCUCUGUCAGUUCAGGGAGGAUGUGGACCAGUAAAGAUUUCAGGAACUACCUCCAGGUCCCAGCUUGUGCAGUACAUGAUGUUUAAACAGUUCCUGAGUUCCUGUUAUGCUUGUUAUUUGUUACAGAAUGUGUUACUAAGGACUAGCAAAGUCACAGAGAUUGUUAUCCGAAAGCGGCAGCUCACUGUUUUGGUGUGUUUUUGUGUGUGUAAGAGGAGCUGUGAGGGUGAUGGAUGUGUCUCAGGAGCUCCCUGACAGCUGUGACAGACCAAGGUGGUGUGUUCUUACCCUGCGGGGAUGGGGGAGGCGAUGGGGGCACUUGUAGGUGACGCAGGGAGAGGCCAGCCUCUCUUACUUAUGUCUUUUAUUAGUACGCCCCAUUCACCCAUCACUGAGAGAACUGUCUGAGUGACACCUCAUUACCCAGCCACUAAUUACUUGGCAGGCGCUCUAAUGUCCUGUACAAUUUACCUUCAGUAGUCUCCGUCUCCAUGGUUACAAGCUCAUCUUAUCAUUACAGUUCAGAGGGGGCGGGAGGGGUCAUGGAAAGCUUUAUGUAACAAAGCUUUGACUGAAUGCGUUCUCCCUGUUUGUCGUCUUGAAGAAUAUGUUUCAAGUGAGAAGACCAAAGGUUAUAACAUAUUUUUACUUUCCUUUUUUGUGAUUGCAUGUAAUAGAAAUACCUCAAUUAUUUUGAGUACUUAUAUAUUUAUAUGGUUUAAUUUUUUUUGUCAAUUUUAAAAGUUUUUUUUUUUUUAGAGAAAAUAAAUAUAUUAAGUUGACAGAAAAAUAAAUAUAUUAGGUAAGAUGAAACAAAAUCAUAGCAGGUUAUCAAAAAUGUGACGCAGUAUGAAAAACCUAGUCUAGUUUACUCAUUUUUUCUUCUUUCCUGACAUGCACUUUCAUGUCUUAGGAGACAGGAGUGGUGGAAAGAAACUUGUCCAUAUUAUUAUCUUGGUGACUUAACAUUAUUAUUGAAUAGGUGCCAGACAGGGAAUGAUGUCAAUAGUUGAGAAGGAGAUGGUUAGCCAGGAGAAGGCUCAUUCACUUGAUGGUGUCUGAGCAAGUAUCUCUUUACUCUGAGUCAUCAAGGAAAUUUUAAAUACCAUGUUUUCCUUUGCUACAUACUUAACAUUUUACACACAUGACAUGAUGAAUGUUGCAGGACAGGUAAGAGGGUUAAAAAUAACCUCGGGUUCAGCUCAGUUGAGGAAGUGAAGACCAUUUGGUGUGAUGUAAUUACUACAAAUGUAGCAGCAUAAAGCUAAGAGCAGAGUUCCGGCCGAAUGUUGAAAUGAUUGUUUGUAGCAUUUAGCUUUGGCGUUCACAGCACAGUUUUACUGUUUCCAUUUUACAUUUAGAUGCUUACUUUACAUCUGUUUUUUAAAUCUAUGCAUUUUAUUAUUUUUGUACCUGAUUGAAGAAAUGAGAGAACUGCUAGACGCGCAUAGCAUGGUCACACAGUGUCAUUUAUUUAUCAUUGCGUGUGUCAGUUCUUCUUGUGAUUCACAUACAAAGGCACAUAGGUAUGUUUCCUUAGACAUUGACUGUAGACACUUUGAAGUGUAUCCAUUUUGUCUGUGCAGACUUGAUUUCUGAAAUGCCCAAUACAUUCCUUACAUUGUCAUGGUCAGUUACAAAAAUGUGAAAAUAAGAGGUUAAUCAAAACUUUGAGUCAAGAUAUUUUUUCUGUACAUCAAACAUAUUUAGAUUAUUUGUGUCUAUGUGUUGCAAAGACACAUAAAUCUAUAAUAUAUAGAAUACUUUAUUUUGAUAUUUUAUCUGAAGUCUGACACCAAAUGUCACUUUAAAUCUGUACAUACACUAUGUUUUUUAGUGAUCAUACACAAAUUAUAUGCCCUUUGACCUUUUGGAUACACAAAUUAAGUCUAUUUACUGUACAUAAGAGCAAUGUACAACCUUUAACAUUAUGUUCAACACUUUUCGUCAAACCAAUGCCCCACAUUCCUCAGAUGUUUGAGCUGCCUUAGCAGAUGUGCAUUAUUUACCGCUGCCUUCAUUGCUUGUUCCUUUUUUUUUUAUCUGUUCUUGUGUGUUGACAUCCUGCAAAAUGUAAAACAUUUCCAUGAUAAAUAGCUGGAGUUCUGAUCGCCAACAUAUCUCACUGUAGGUUCCUGGAAGCCUUCUGACAAAGAGUUUUUGAUAAUAUGUAAGAUAUCUAUUAUAAAACUAUAACUGCAGAAAAAGCAGUAUUCUAAUGCUUUUAAGAUAUGUUGUAUUUAAAA